AUGGUGGUCCCCAUUUACAAGAAAUGGGAGGCCAACCUGGCGCGAAUCCAGGUCAUACGACAGGAAAAAGUAACUCAACUACUGGUCUUCUUUGCGGAUUUCCAGUACGGUAGCUGCAUGAAUUUCGUCCUCAAAGGCACGGAUCAUGUCGAGUCCUUCGGCCGUUCCGGCAAGUUUGGUAUUCGCAUUGUUGAUGCCAAAUUUGCCCUACCGAAGAGAGAUGACGAUCCUGGGUCCAAGUUUGUCUGUCUCGAUAUGCCUGAAUAUCCGAUCGAGCACGAUGAUAUCUCCAUUGCGUUUGAUACUGAUGUAGAGCGUAACACUUUCAAGACUGCAUUGCCUGGAUCAGUGCGAGAACCCUCUCGCAUGCAAUCUCUUCGUCGAUAA